AACGGAGUACAGGGGAAAGACUCCGAAUCAGUGCUCCAAGCCGACAACGAUGCUUACCGUUUGCUCUCGGCGACUAUUUUUACUCCCGACAAUUUAAAGAUUGGCACACACCAAUGGUUUUACAUCACGUAGAAUGGGAUUAACUUUGACGGGCAGAUAUAUCUUCUUGUUUCUUGCUGUCCACAUAGCAUAUCUGCUACAGGCAGUGAGUGCAACAGGGAAAUGUGAGACGGUGUUCAAAGGCUUCUCCGACUGCCUUCUCGAGCUGGGGGAGAACAUGGCCAACUAUCCGCAGGAGCUGGACGAACAAGAGAACAUCCAGACCAUCUGCGGAUACUGGGACGGCUUCCAUUCAUGUGCUACUACGGCGCUCGCAGACUGCCAGGAGGGCGCCACGGAUCUGUGGGAGAAGCUCAAGAAGGAGUCGAGGAAUCUGGAGUUCCGCGGGAGCCUCUUUGAACUCUGUGGCGGCGGGAAUGGCGCGCCCACAUCAUCACCGUCUCCGCGCGGCUUUACCGUGCUCCUAACAGCCUUUUCUACCCUCUUCACAUGGCUUGCGUUUUAA